AUGGCUACUAGCGAGGUGCGACGUCGGGAUCGGCGGGGCGCGAGACCGGAGCAUAUUUUGUAUAUGGCCAUGAAAAUCAUGCGGCUGCGGGUAUCGGAAGGAUUGAACAAUACCUUUAAAUGCAUGGGCACGGCCAACAUAACAAGGGUGCAGUUGCAAGAUCGGGAAUUUUUGGAAAGCUGUAUUGAGCCAAAGAAAACGGGAUGUUUUCGCCAUGAUCCGGCAGCUGGGGAAACCCACGAUGUUUUGACGAUGAGUGCAAAUGAAAUUAGAUGGCCUCACCUACUAAGCAUUCUGCGGAAGCUUUCUGGUGGCUCUAACAUUGCGGAAAUGGACGAUAUUGUGCAACAGUUGUCUGCACUCCAGCGUGCUACACUUGUCAGCGAAGAUCCUGUCACGUGUUGUGCAUAUUUUCACAAGUUGGUAAACAUCUUUCUGCGCCUUCUGUCAUCGACCAGGUUGAGCCCGUUCGGAAAAUACCACGUUGUAGAUUAUUUUAAGAGGAUCGAGUUCCAGCAUCGUGGCAGCCCGCAUGCACAUAUUCUGCUCUGGCUGGCGAACGAUCCCCGUGAGGAUGUUUCCGAAAGAAUGCCCGCUACUGUUGAGUUGAUCGAUUUUCUGUGCUCCAUCAGAUCGGAAGAUCUGCCUGAGACCUAUGGCAAUCAGGUUCAUAAACACACGUUUACGUGUUUCAAGCGAAAUGAUAAACGUUGCCGGUUUAAUAUUCCGUACUGGCCAAUGGAUCAAACCAGAAUUCUGAUCCCUAUUACAGCCGGGGAUGGCCGACUUCAACAGCUAAACAGAAAGGCAGCGAAAAUGCGGGAAGCUCUUGAAACGAAGGUCUACGAUAGCCUUGACGCGUUUCUCGUUGAUAGCAGUUGCACGUACGAUUACUACUUGGACGUGAUUCGCUCUUCCAUUCGCCGACCAACAGUUCUGUUGAAACGCUCCAUGACGCAGCUUUGGACCAAUCCAUUCAAUCCUUGGAUCGCUGAGAAGCUCAAAUCCAAUAUGGAUUUGCAGUUUGUGCUGGAGGAGUUUUCAUGUGCUGCUUAUGUUGUGGAAUACGUAAACAAGACCAACAGAGGCAUAAGUAGUUUACAUCGUGACCUCAUAAAGCUCCAGGAAGAGCAUCCAGACCAGGACUACAAUGGAUUGUUGAAGAAGGUCAGCAUAAAAAUGUUAAAUUCCGUGGAAAUGUCUGCCCAGGAGGCUGCUUGGUAUUUGCUUCGGCAACCGAUGUCAGAAGCCAGCCGCAAGGUUGAGUUUAUUGCGACAAUGUGGCCACAAGAGCGAAUAAAAUCCAAGAAGCGGAACAAACAGAUGGACGAAGAGGAUCUCGACGACAAUUCCACCGAUGUGUGGACGCUAAACAUCAUCCAACGGUAUGAACUGCGCCGAGGAAUGGAUGAUAUCUGCUUGGCGGAUUUCGCAGCAUAUUAUUCGGAAGAAAGAUCCACGAAGCAUUCAUAUAGACUCCGUUUAGUUCCCCGUGUAUUGCGUUGGUGCUCAUACAGUAUGGCGGAAAUGGUCGACUAUAAGCGUGAGAUGGUUCUCCUCUUCCUACCGUUCAGGAAUGAAGUCUGCGAUGUACUUGAUCGGAACAAGUUCCUGAAGUUGUAUGAAGACAACGAGGCCGCCAUUUUGGCAAAGCACAAGGAGUAUGACUGCGAAAUGAACUUGGACCAGGUUGUGGAGGAAUACAUCCGCAUAUGCAGCGAAGACGAUGAGCAGCAGGUGAUUGCCGACCAGAAGCGCGAUGAGUUCGUCCGCACGAUCGUCAUGGAGCCGAAUGAUGACGAUAUUCACAACUUGCCAACAGGACCCUUGGCAGCUGUCGUCAAACAGCGAUCAAAUGUCUUGUCAAAGCAAGAAUAUUGUGAAAUGGUGCGUGCCACGAAUGCAGAGCAGCGGGAUUUGAUUGUGCAAGUAAUCCACAGCUUGCAUUCUUCUGAAGAAAACUGCAAACCAGUGCAAAUAUUCUUCACUGGCCCGGCGGGCUGUGGCAAAACAUUCACUUUGCGCAUUCUAAUGGAGACAGUGAACCGGUACAGCCAAGCUCAUAAUAAGCAGCACAACGCUUAUGUAGCAUGCGCAUCCACUGGAAAAGCAGCGGUUGCAAUAGGUGGAACAACAGUGCAUUCCGCAUUCCGGAUUUGCAUGUCGCGUAGGCAAAGCUCAAAGCUGAGUUUCGAGGCAUUACAACUGUACCGGAACGCCUUCGCCAACGUGAAGCUCAUCAUUAUCGACGAAACAAGCAUGCUGGGUGCUGAUGUCCUCAACACAGUACAUGUCCGGCUUCAAGAAAUCACGGGGAACUACGACGAUCCAUUCGGUGGAAUGCCGAUCGUAUUUUGCGGCGAUCUUCGUCAAUUGCCACCGGUCAAUGCACGGGCGGUGUUUAAACCGAGCAUAAACUCUAUGCAUGGCGCCGUUUUAUGGCAAUCUCUUGACUUCUACCCAUUGGUUCAAGUUAUGCGACAAACCAACGAGCAGUUCUCCAGCAUUCUCACAAAAAUUGGCAACGGUGAGCGGAUGUCGUCUGAGGAAAUCGAGCUUAUUGAAAGCAGGUUCCGUACGGAGGAGUGGUGUCGGCAGCAUGUCCCUCGAGGGAUCCGGUUAUUCCAUCGGAACGCUGAUGUCGAACGGUAUAACUCUGUGGCGUUGAUGGAUCGAGAGGCUGUCGAAUGUACUGCAGAUGACCUAUACUCUGGUUAUAAGGACAAUUCCCAGCUGGCCAGUGCUCGCACAAAGGUGCAUAAGAUGAGUGUAGUAGAGACUGGUGGCUUACCGUAUCUGUUGCGUCUUGUUCUUGGUACACCUUAUAUGCUGACCACCAACGUGGAUGUCGAAGAUGGCAUCGUGAACGGAGCGAUCGGAGAGCUCAUGCAUGUUGAGUACAACGAAGGAAACUCGCAGCAACAGGCAAUCACGAGGCUUUGGAUGGCAUUCGAAAAUGAGUCCAUUGGGAAGAUGUUGAGAGUGAAGGCCAGACCGCUGGUGUAUUCGAGACCUGGGGUGCUACAAACAGGCUGGACUCCAAUCGUCAAACGAUCGGCGAACGUAACCCUUAACGGUGGUGUUAAGUGCAAAAGAGUUCAGUUUCCCGUUGUAAGUGCGUGUGCCCUCACAGUCCAUAAGUCCCAGGGAGGCACAUUCUCGGAAGUCGUAUAUAAUUACGAUAAGGGUCAGGAACAGCAGCUAGUUUACGUUGGUCUUUCCAGGGUUACAUCAAUCGACGGAUUGUAUCUGACGAAUGCCAGUAACUCAUUCCGGUUCCACCACGGAAAGGACGAUAUCAUGGAAGCUAUAACCGCAAACAGGUUGGCUUGUACGUUGAUGAGCAUCAAUGUACAAAGUUUGAAUGCACACUCGUCGGACAUUGCAACAGAUCGGGUGCUUACCGCCGUUGAUUUGCUUGCAAUGAGCGAAACUUGGCUUGACAACGGCACAACCACAAACAUCAAUGGAUACCUUUGUGUUUGUCAAGAGAAGCGUGACGGAACAAGAGCGGGAGGAGUGGCAAUAUUUGAACGUGCUGGUUCGUCAACUAUGGCCGUUUCUCACGCCAUUACGAAGCUCAAUGAAAGCUAUGACCCAGCAUUGAGUGUAGCAGACGAAUAUGGGGACUGCUGUGCUGCAGAGGUUUCGAUCAUGGAAACCCGCACGUUACUGUUUGCGGUAUAUAUUUCACCAGGUAUAAUCAAAUAG